AGUUCAAAGGUAGAGAGAGCAGAGGACAGAAGGAAGAAAGCUAAUAGGAAUACGAAUCACAGAAAAAAAUCUGAUGUAACAGUUUGCUUGUCCUGUAACUGCUGACUACCUGAAUGCAAGAAGCUGGUGCCAUCUUGAAACGCUUUGUGAUGGUCAGAUGUUGGUAAAUCUUAAAAUUUCAGUUAAAAGCUUGGAAUGGACUGAUCAGAGUGGUGGAUGUUUAAAACAGGGACAUAGAAGUGGUUUUCGACAAUUUACUAAUGAAAAUCUAGCAUGUCAUUCAAUGAAGAAAUUUUGAAACAAUAUCUAAAUGAAUCAGGGGCAAUUACUGAAAUUAAAGAUGAGUUGACAUAUAUAAUUCUGGCAUCAUUAUGCAAAAUAGUGAGACAAGUAAAUGAUCUAGGUAGGUUUACUGAAGGCAUGCUUGGAAAACUUCAUAAAGAGAUUUAUGACCUCUCUUUUAAACUUAAGAUUUUACAAGAAAAUAUAAUUCAGUUAGCUAAUGUUAUUCACAAAAUUCCAAAUGACAUGUUAUCUAUGCAAGUUUGGAAAUCAAAAAAGACUUUUUCAAAAGUAACCAUUGAAACACAGCAAGUAUACUCAUGUACAUCAUUACCCAUUACAUUCUUUGAAAGAAACAAUGCUAAAAUACCAAUACCACUCCUUUCAGUGCCUGAGUAUUACGAAAAUGACUUGGAAGACUCAAAUUCUUCCAAUGGUUCUUUCUACCCAUGCUUAUAUUGUUCGAAACUUUUAAAAAAUAGUGUAUCUAUUAAUAAAGGACAAACAAGUAAGAGGAAAGACAUACUAAACCAAAAUAUCAACCAUGCUGGUGAUUCAAAAAAUGUGCUACAAUGUCAACUCUUGAAAAAACAUAUUCAUGUGGGUCAUAUUCCAACCUGUGGUGGUGAGGAAUUUCAUUCAUACUUAGAUCAAUAUGAUGGUGGGUCUUCCUUCUAUAUUUUCCCAGCAAAUAAAAACAAGUGUCAAGGAAGAUCUGCAGUGAACAUCUUACCUGGUGAGCAACAAAAGCUCCACUACAGUAUUGGGCACAUGAGCAAUCCACGUCCCCGUGUCCUUUAUGGGACUGGUAAGGGGGAUGUCGUGCUUAGCCAACGACGACGACCAGCUUUGACUCACUAUAAAUCCAACGUGUUUGUCAACCCACUGGCACCAGAAGCACCACCAUUGCCAUCUGAUUGGAUCAUCCAACUUCUCAGUUCUAAAAGACCAUCUGCUUGUAGAGUUCUAAGCUCAAGAAGAUCAAGAGGAACAUCUUCCUUGUUUGUUUUGGGCAAAACUACAACAUUACCAUCUGCUUGCUUGAAGAGCAAUCCUAACAUAGAUCUAACAAUGCCACCUGAAGUUAAGUUCACUGCAACAUCAGAAUCACUUGAAUGUUAUGAACUACAUCAUUCUUUUUCAGUACCUGCCUCACUGAGUCCCAAACCACAAAUAUCUUUAAAUCUAUUACCAAAGGGUUCUGUGAGUCAAUUAAAACUUAUUGAGGCACAGGCAAGAUUACCCACGACACAUUCAAAAGAACAUUUACAUCCACCACAAGCAAAACUAUCGAGUUUCACCUCAACAAGAGUUUCCAGUCUACACUCACCAUUGUCUUCUACGAGAUCUAUUUCAAGCCAUGGAGCUCUAGGAAUAAGGCACUAUACAAUAGGGUCGGCAUGUGCUACUAUCAUGCAAAACUCUUCAAUAUUGCCAAUAAUGACCAAAGCAAGAAAAGCACUGAUGGAAGCAAUAAGAAAAGGCAUUAAACUUCGCAAAACUCGAGGAAGAGCUGAAAGUGAGGAUCCUGAAAAUGAAACAGAAAGGAUCCGAGUCCGUCGUAAAGCAAUGGGGUAUCAUUCUGGAAAAUCAGAUACCGAGACUGACUGAAUGGGUUAAAUAAACAAAGAAACCAUGAAA